CAAUGACCUCGCUUGCAGAGGGUCUGGUUCUGUCUGGCCAGCACCUGAACCCCAUGGACGGUAUCUCCAAUUCAGUCACUUAUCGUCUCUGGCUCGAAUCCAAUUCGGCCCAGACAUCUCUGUGGCAGCUCUGCCUCCCUUCCUGUCAUUUAUAACCUUGCUGCUCCAAUCUUUGGGAAGUCAUGAUAGUGGAUUGACUGAUGCAUCCGCUGGAAACAUGUACAAUCCUCACUGCAGCGCGGCCAGCUUCUGGUACUUAUCCUGGCGGGUCACCCCCUGGUCGAAAAAUGACAUGCGAACGUCGGGGCGAUAUCGAUCGACCCCACAUCUAUCCUAGUGUUCCUGAGAAUCCAGGCGCCCACCCCGUGCUCACAUUCCCGCCUGGCCAAUGACCGUUUCCUGCUAAGUACUUGCAAGUACACGCUUUGUUGCACGGUCUGGAACGCGAGCCGCGGCCUGAGAAAAGCACUCGUGCGGCCAGAGAUUUGCCAGUUGAGGAAUAUUAUGGCCAUGUUCACAACCAUCUCCGCCAAGUUUUCUAUUUGCUCCUUCCUCCGCGCUAGUCACGGAGGGCAUCUCCGAUUCACGGGAGAUGACGCUGACUUUUACUGGGUAGCAUGAUCUCCGGUUGGAUUCCUACCGGAUGACUGUCGUGUGAUUAUGCACCAACGUGUCUGUUGACGUUGUGCAUCGCUCUCUCGGCGCUUCCAUCUCGAAUUCCGCGUCUCGUUUGGGAAUUCCACUUGUGAUUUUUCGCAUCGAAGCCCAUCGUGCCACCGAACCUCGGCCACGCCGGGGGACAGAAAUUAGCCCUUUCGAGCACCAGAAUAGCGAAUGGAGACUGUAUCAGGUCGUCAUUCGCGCGAAGCCCCAUCAUGUGGUGCUCUGGCACAUGGACCGCUGCUUUCACGGGGCCCGUAUGAUGCAGCUGACGGCCAGUAUUAAAGCUCGAACGACGAGCAGUUUAUUCAGUCCUCAAUGCGAGUCUCUACCGUUCUCGUUGGCUUUGUAGCCUGUGUCUUUGCGCAGACGACGGUCGAUCAAUAUGUUGCGACCGAAUCGCCCAUCGCCAAGGCUGGGUUGUUCGCCAACAUCGGUCCUUCGGGGUCGAAAUCCAAGGCGCUAAGUCCGAGCACCACCAACCCGAACUAUCUGUUCACCUGGACGCGAGACUCGUCGCUCGUGUUCAAGUACAUCAUCGACCAGUUUGUUUCGGGACAAGACACCACAUUGCUGGGCCAGAUCCAAAACUUCGUGUCUGCGGAGAGUAUCUUGCAACAAGUAUCGAAUCCCAGCGGCACUGUAUCAACUGGUGGUCUCGGCGAACCUCAUUACAACAUCGACGAGACGCCUUUCACCGGUGCUUGGGGAAGACCUCAGCGUGACGGACCUGCUCUCCGCGCAACUUCGAUCAUCGAAUACGCGAACUGGGUGCUCAAAAACACGAGCGCGUCGAACGUCCUCAGCACAUUGUGGCCGAUCAUCAAGCUUGAUUUGGACUAUGUGGCUGCUGACUGGAAUCAGACAACUUUCGAUCUUUGGGAAGAGGUCAACUCGUCAUCCUUCUUCACGACAGCAGUUCAACACCGGGCCCUUCGCGAAGGUGCAGCUUUGGCCAAGGCUCUCGGUCAGACUGCCGUCAUCAGCAACUACUUGGCGCAGGCGGACAACUUGCUGUGCUUCCUCCAAUCAUACUGGAACCCAACCAGCGGGUACAUCACUGCCAACACCGGCGGCGGACGCUCAGGCAAAGAUGCCAACACCGCAUUGGCCUCGAUCCACACCUUUGAUCCCGCUGCUGGCUGUGAUGCCACCACCUUCCAGCCGUGUUCCGACAAGGCCUUGUCGAGCUUGAAAGUCUACGUUGACUCUUUCCGCUCGAUCUACUCCAUCAACAGCGGGAUCGCAUCGAACGCAGCAGUCGCUACCGGCCGAUACCCCGAAGAUUCGUACAUGGGCGGAAACCCCUGGUACUUGACCACAGCUGCUGUGGCCGAGCAGCUCUACGAUGCUCUGAUCGUCUGGAAGGCCCAAGGGUCGCUGAACGUGACGUCGACGUCUCUCGCCUUCUUCCAGCAGUUCCUCCCCUCGGUCACUGCCGGCAGUUACGCAUCUUCGACGUCGACUUUCACCACACUGACCACGGCUGUCAAGACAUUCGCGGACGGGUUCUUGGCCAUCGAUCAGAAAUACACGCCCAGCAACGGCGGGCUUGCUGAGCAAUACAGCCGGUCGAACGGCAGCCCCCUCAGCGCAGUGGAUCUGACCUGGAGCUACGCCGCCAUCCUCACGGCGUUCUCCGCACGCGCUGGCAACGCUUCGCCCGGAUGGGGCGCUGCCGGGCUGAGCGUCCCAUCGGUAUGUCAAACCUCUGGAAGCGGCAGUGGCGGCAGCAGCGGUGGCGGUGGUGGAUCUGCUGGCACUGUGGCUGUGACGUUCAAUGUCGUCGCGACUACCGUCUUUGGAGAAAACAUCUAUCUCGUCGGAAAUGUGGACGCGUUGCAGGGCUGGAACACUAACAACGCCCUGCUCAUGCCGAAUCCGAACUACCCGACCUGGAGCAUCACCGUCAACCUCCCUGCGUCGAGCGACAUCCAGUACAAGUACAUCCGCAAGGUCAACGGCAACUUCGAGUCCUGGGAAUCCGGUAACAACAACGAGUUCACCUCUCCGGCUAGCGGAACAUUCGUGACGCACGACACCUGGCAUUGAUUCGGCCAAACAAAUGCAGUGUUUUACAAUUCUGAAAGAAAAGCGCCUUAGAGCAUAAUAACUCGACAGAUAGUAUUUCCUCGAUGACUGGC